AUGGCGGGAAGACUUAGGGGUCGCAAGGAACCUGCAAAGGAGGGGUCUUCCAAGCUCCUUCCCCUACGCCAAGGAGGGGGCCCAGGCAACCAAUUCCAAUACUGGCCCUUCUCGGCCUCAGACUUAUAUAACUGGAAGUCCCAUAACCCUUCCUUCUCACAAGACCCUAUAGCUUUGACCGCUCUGAUCGAGUCCAUUCUAAUCACGCAUCAACCCACUUGGGAUGAUUGCCAGCAGCUCUUGCAGACUCUUCUCACUACAGAGAAGAGACAAAAAGUUUAUCUGGAAGCCAGAAAAAAUGUUCCAGGAGACAAUGGAAGACCUACCCAGCUCCCGAAUGUGAUUGAUGCCGCCUUUCCCUUGACCCGUCCUGACUGGGAUUUCAAUACGGCUGAAGGUAGGACCCACCUAAAUCUUUAUCGCCAGUUACUCAUAGCAGGCCUCCAUAAUGCAGGGCGCCGCCCUACCAAUUUGGCUCAGGUAAGACAGGUUCCUCAGGGCUCCAAAGAAUCUCUAACCGCUUUCUUAGAGAGACUUAGAGAGGCUUAUCAUAGAUAUACCCCCUUCGAUCCUGAUAGCCAUGAACAGAGAGGAAAUGUGUCCAUGGCAUUCAUUUGGCAGUCAGCGCCAGACAUUAGACAUAAGUUACAGCGACUGGAGAAUUUACAAGAUUUCUCGUUACAAGAUUUGUUAAAGGAGGCAGAAAAAAAUUAUAAUAAAAGAGAAACUCAGGAAGAAAAGGAAGAAAGGUUAAGGAAAGAGGCUGAAGAAAAGGAAGAUAAGCGAGAGUGUAAGCGAAAUAAGGAGCUUAGCAAAAUCUUGGCCGCCGUAGUGCAAAGCAAUCAAGGAUCAGAAACAGGAGAGCUAGGCAAGGAAGGAGACAGAAGAAAGCCUCGGGUAGCUUGGGACCAAUGUGCCUAUUGCAAAGAGAGAGGACAUUGGGCCAAAAACUGCCCAAAUAGACCCCAUAACCCCAAGGAAAAUAACAGGCAGAAAACAAGAUUAAUGGCCCUAGAUAACGACUAGGGAUGUCAGGGCCAGGAGCCCCCCCCCGAGCCCAGGAUAACCCUAACAGUCGGGGGGCAACCAAUCACCUUUUUGGUAGAUACCGGGGCACAACAUUCUGUCUUAACCAAAACCCCAGGACCAUUAAGUAACCGGACGGCAUGGGUUCAAGGGGCCACCGGAGGAAAACAAUACCGUUGGACCAUGGAAAGAAAAGUCCAUUUGGCCUCAGGUAAAGUUUCUCAUUCGUUCCUUCACGUACCUGACUGUCCCUAUCCACUCCUGGGGAGAGAUCUAUUGACUAAGCUAAAGGCCCAGAUUCAUUUCGAAUCAGAUGGACCCACAGUGACCGGCCCCAACGGGACUCCAUUGUACAUACUCACUCUACAGUUAGAAGAGGAAUAUAGACUGCACGAAGCCCCCCCACCUCAGAGGGACAUAAAAUCCUGGCUCACAUCUUAUCCAAAUGCCUGGGCAGAAACGGGAGGAAUAGGACUAGCUUCCCAGCAGCCCCCCAUUCACAUACAGUUGAAGGCAACAGCCAUCCCUGUCAGUGUUAGACAAUAUCCUAUGUCUAGCGAGGCCCACCAAGGCAUCAGACCACACAUACGGCGGCUACUAGACCAAGGCAUUUUAGCCCCAUGUCAGUCUCCCUGGAAUACUCCUCUACUACCUGUCAAGAAACCUGGUACAGAUGACUACCAGCAGGUCCAGGACCUAAGAGAGGUCAAUAAACGAGUAGAGGACAUCCACCCUACCGUGCCUAACCCUUACAACCUACUUAGCACCUUGCCUCCAACCCACUCCUGGUAUACUGUCCUAGAUCUAAAGGACGCUUUCUUCUGUUUAAGACUAAGUCCCCAGAGUCAACCCAUUUUUGCAUUCGAGUGGAAGGACCCAGAAUUGGGGAUUUCAGAUCAGCUAACCUGGACAAGGCUACCACAAGGAUUUAAGAACAGCCCCACGUUAUUCGAUGAGGCCCUCCACCAGGACCUAGCCGAUUUCUGGGUAAGACACCCCUCCCUGAUCUUACUCCAAUAUGUCGAUGACAUCUUACUGGAAGCAACAAAUGAGGAGGACUGUCAAACAGGUACUGGGGACCUCCUAAAACACCUUGGCCAGUUGGGAUAUAGGGCAUCCGCAAAGAAGGCUCAGAUUUGUCAGACUAAGGUCACCUACCUGGGCUAUGAAUUGCAUAACGGCCAGCGAUGGCUAACGGCCGCAAGGAAAGAGACUAUAUCCAGCAUUCCAACGCCCCAAACCCACAGGCAAUUGCGGGAAUUCCUAGGGACAGCGGGCUUUUGUAGGCUAUGGAUCCCUGGGUUUGCAGAAAUAGCGGCCCCCAUAUACCCCUUGACCAAACAGGAUACCCCUUUUGUCUGGACUGAACAACAACAGCAGGCAUUCCAUCAUAUUAAACAAGCUCUCCUCAAGUCCCCAGCGUUAGGCCUGCCGGACAUAACUAAACCCUUUGACUUGUUUGUCGAUGAAAAACAAGGGGUUGCUAAGGGGGAUCUAACUCAAAGACUAGGGCCUUGGAGACGCCCUAUCGCCUACCUCUCUAAGAAGUUAGACCCCGUAGCAGCAGGAUGGCCACCAUGCCUAAAAAUGAUAGCAGCCAUAGCGGUCCUAGUCAAGGAUACAACCAAACUAAAGCCUGUAACAAUCCUGGCUCCACACACAGUGGAAUUUUUAAUUCGCCAACCACCAGACCACUGGCUGUCUAAUGCUCGCCUUACUCACUAUCAGUCCCUCCCCCUGGACACAGACAGGAUCCAGUUCGGACCUGUGGUGACUCUCAACCCCGCAACUCUCCUACCCACCCCUGGAGAGGCCCCCUUGCAUGAUUGUCACCAGAUCCUUGCAGAAAUGCAUGGAACACGACCUGACCUAACCGACCAACCCAUGAAGGAUGCGGACCUAACCUGGUACACAGAUGGCAGUAGCUACCUGCAGGAUGGAGAACGACGGGCAGGAGCCGCCAUCACGACCGACUCUCAAAUUGUGUGGGCAAGUGCGUUACCAGGAGGCACUUCAGCCCAACAGGCUGAGCUAAUCGCCUUAACCCAGGCCCUCCAACUGGCAGAAGGUAAGAAACUCAAUGUUUACACAGAUAGCAGAUACGCCUUUGCCACCACCCAUAUUCAUGGGGAAAUUUAUCGGAGAAGGGGACUACUAACCUCCGAUGGGAAAGAAGUUAAAAAUAAGACUGAAAUAUUGGCCCUACUAAAGGCCUUAUUUCUCCCCAAGAAGUUGAGCAUAAUGCAUUGCCCAGGCCAUCAAAAAGGAAGUAGCCCAGAGGCCAAAGGAAAUCGCUUGGCCGAUGAAACAGCCCGACGGGCAGCUUUAGGGCCUCAACUAUUGACUGUCACCAUCCUCACUGGAACAGAGGGAACCAAUGAAGCCCCCAUUUGGAAUUAUGAAGAAACCUAUUUAGACAUCAUGCAGAGGCCCAUCUGCAAGCUUUGCAACAAGAAAUCUGGAAACCCCUGGCAGCCGCCUACCAGGAAGAACUUAACAUCCCGUCGCGACCCCAUCCCUACAAAAUUGGGGAUACUGUCUGUGUCCGCAGGCAUCGAGCCACAAAUCUUUAACCCCGCUGGAAAGGACCUCACACGGUUCUCCUAA